GAAAACAUUCCAGCAAAGUCAGAGCGGUCAAAGAAUCGGAAACCCUCAGAGUGGCCUCCUACUUUCUCUAUCAUUCUCACCUUUUUGCGCAGUCCUUCUGUUAUGGCACAUUGUGUUUAGACAUUGUGCGACCAGUAUAGACUGUUUAGCAGUGGAACACGGCAGAGAGAGAAACCUGAGGAGUCCUCUUCAAUCUGUGAAGACAAAGAAACUCAGAUGUCCCGCUGAUCGGCUCACAAUGAAGCUGCUGUUCGUCUUCCUCGUUUCCUGUGCCUGGACUUUAAUUGGAGCCCAGAAUUACUACCAGGCACUGAUGGAUUAUCUGGAGAACAGAUUGUUGGCCAUUGAGGACCGCAUGCAGCUGUGGCAUGAACAAGCCCAUCAAUAUCGCACAGAGAUGCUGGAUUUUAAAAAGCUAACAUCAGAGGCCAUGACGGGGACAAAAAAUGACCACAGCAUGAUGUUCAAAGACCUGAAAGGAGCUUCUGCUCGAGUGGACCUUGUGGAGAGGGAAAUGGACUACGUGGAGACCCAGAAUUCUCCACGGGCUUGUGCAACCAAGGCUGAAAAAGUGUUGGAGCAGGAGGCCUGGGGUCUGCAGGAGAGAGAUGAGGUGGAGGAGGAGGAAGAUUGGGAGGAGCUGCAGUCCAGAGUCUCUGAUUGUAUGGAAAUCAUCUCUGGCAUCAGAUCUGUGAAGAUCCUAAAGAGAAUAGGAAGCCCCAAGGGAAUGUGGACCAGAGAUCCCAAAUCCUCCAAGCUUUAUGUUUUCAAUGGCACAUCAGGAGACACGGUCUACGAGUUCCAAUCCGUCCUUGACUUUUCCAGAUCCCUGGGAGUGGCUGGGAGCAGGAUGAUCCACCUUCCCUCUAAGUGGACUGGUCCUGGAAGUGCUGUUUAUAACGGCUAUUUGUAUUACAUAAAUCAGGAAAUUGAUACAGAUGUGCAGGUGGUUAAAUUUGACCUGGUUAGUGGUUCAGUGACAGAAAUUGCUAUGUUCCCUAUGGAGAGGAAUACUAUUCUUUACACGCUUAAUCCUGAGACUGUUGCAGACCUUGCAGUCGACGAUGAGGGCUUGUGGCUCCUUUUCACCCCGACCGACAGUGAACCAAACAUUAGCCUCGCUAAGAUGGACACUUCCACGCUUGACAUAGAACAAAUCUGGGACACCCGGUGCCCACGGGGGAACGCAGAGGCGGCUUUUGUAGUGUGCGGGACAGUCUAUGUCGUUUACAACACCCGCAUGGCCAGCCGAUCUCGAGUUCAGUGUGUGUUUGACGUGAAUGACAUGAUGCUAACUGAAGAGGCUCCUCUGCUUUACUUCCCCAGGAGGUACGGAGCUCAUGCCAGUCUGAAGUACAACCCUGAGGAGAAUCAGCUUUAUGGCUGGGAUGACGGCUACCAAAUCAUUUACAGACUCACUAUAAAGACGAAACUCUUAGCUUGACAGAAGAGAAAUAGGUUCAUGUUUGAAAAACUGAAGGACAGUAGCAGUGAAUUUCUUCUAUCCAUUCACAUAGAUUCGCUUUGAGAAGAAUAAUGCAUGUUCAUAUUUUCUAAAUACUGUAUGGUUGCUGUGCAAUGGAAGCUGUAAAGGUGACAUAUUAUGCUUCCUUGAAUAGGUUAGGACAGCUGCAUGGGCUAAACAAAACAUGUUCAUUACAUUUUUUUGCACAAAAUCACACUUAGAUAUAUUAGAUUUUAGUCUGCUCACUUCUGCCUAUUUCAAGCUCUUUUCAGACUGAGCUAGGGCUGCUCCAACUCAGAUGCUCAAUUAUACAACUGUAAGUCUUUGAAAAGCAGAAGUGGAGCCUCCUGUACAACCAACAAGAAUGCAGCAAGUUGUUUCCGAAACAAAACACUUGUCUUUUCCAGCAGCCAUUGUACUGUGCAUAAAACUAGCUGGCCAAACAUCCUUGAUGCCAUUAAAUAUUUGACAAUGGUUCUUUUAUAUCACUGUGGAGGAAUUUCCACCGGGUCUUCUUUACAGUAAGAAGACCCGCACUUCUGUUACAGUAAAUUUGAAAAGGAGCUAAUAUCUUUUAUGGACUUCUAAGUAAGACUGUUGUCAGUUUAGCAUUCUGCUUCUAAAGGAAGGGAUUCUUCAUUGGUACAAGAAGAGUAGCUGUAAGAUUAUAUGUAAGCAGCACCUGUGCAUAAUAUGCAAUACAGGUGGAGUCUCAAACUUGAAACAUUGAUGUUUUUACAAAUGCCAAAGAAACCCUUAGCCCAGGGGUUCCCAAAGUGUGGGGCGCGCCCCCUA